CGGGAGAGGGCGAUCGCAGCGCCGUUCUCGCGCUCCGCCGCUUUUCGGGUUCAGUAACGCGAGCGCUUCCGUGGAGUUUGGUACUCGAAUUCACUCUCUCCCUCACACGCUCGUGUCGCGUGUGCUCGUCGCGCGGCGACACAACGCGCGCGUUUACUUUACAUCCAUUUUUUCGUCUCUUCUUCCUUUCUCCGCGUCGUGUGAAAUAAUACGUUAACACGUACAGUGUGCCUGCGUCGUAAGUGAUCACCGAGCGCGCGCGUCUUCUGUGAAGUAAACAUCGGAGACGAGUGUGUAGAGUAGUGGGAUCGACGCUGUGUGAAUCCGCGCGUACAUUGUGUAUCGUAAACAAAAAAGGACACCUAGUUAAGCUCUCAGGUAUCUCCUAAGUGAUCUUGGGUGUCCGAGAGAAGUUUCGUAUCUUCCAAGAGAAUGCCGAGACGCGUAACGUCGUCUUGGAUCGAGCAGCAGCAGCAGCAACGGCGUGCUCGCGCCGGCUUGGUUUUCGGGUCGCCGAGCGGCGACUGAGGGGGGGCUCGGGCGGGAGAAGGGAUGCGAGAGAUCCCGCGGGAGCAGCAGCCGGCGCGGAGUGUAGGUAACGGCGUGUCGUGUAGGUGUUAGAAGAGGAGGAAGUGAGUAGGAGGUGGUGGAGGAGGGGGUGAUUUCGGUGGCGCGAGGAUGGCCGGCUGGCGACGAGUAACGCUGAUCCGCGACGUAGGUGCUGCUGCGCGUCGCGACGUCGACCGACCCGACGUGACGGCCACGUGCCACAGCGGACGCGUCGUCGUUGGCCAGUGGCAUUAACUCGAUCUCUCUCUUUCCCCCCUCUUGGUGUGUGUGCGUGCGUGUGUGUGCGCGUUUGUGUGAUUGCGUGCCGAGUAUGUCGUAACCGGAGGAACACGCGAUCGCGGUGUAUAACUUCUUCGUUGUCUAUAUUUCGAGGUUUUACAUGUAUAAACAGGGGAGAUAUAGGAAGCUCAAAUUGUGUACGAGAAAGUGAGAGAAUAUGUAUCGAGUUGGGAUUGAUUCGACGACGACGACAGUCUACUCUAUGAUAGAGAAGGAGGAUUUGUAGGUUGCAAAAGGUUCUUUCGUAGCUUCUUCGAAAGUCGCGCGAACAGGUGGCCGUUCAUUUCUCUUACGUAAUACGCAAAAGAUUUUUUCGCUGUAACGCGAUUUUCAAAAAAUUGGAAAACGUCCGCCACGACAUCUUCCGUCCGACGUGUACGCGGGAAUAACAAGUGCUUCGUUCUUGAAAUAUACUCGUUCCUCGAAUGUGCAGUGAUACGUAACGUCCCCCUUCUUCGUAGUGAUCAUUAUAGUGACAAGAAUCAAACAACGUCGUCGAUAUUUCGAAAGUGGAGUUGUUUGAGUGCGAUCGAUUUGAAGGAUCGAUCUCGAGAACUUGACGGAUGUUUCGAAGAAGCGCGGUACACGGCUGACGAAGAUCACGUUUCAAACUCUCUCUCUCUCUCUCGUCCAAGGCUCGAGGGAGGAGAAAGCGAAGGGAGAGUUGGAAAGAAAAAAACAGGACGAAGAAGAGAGCAAUAGAAGGAGCUAUUAUAUGACUACCGAAAGCGGGGCAGAAAAAAGAAGGGAGAAAGAGAGAGCAAAGUAGGAGAGAACCAGAAGAGAGAAGAAGUAGAAGUAGAAGAAGAACGCUGGUAGUCUAAUCCAAAUCCCGGCGGAAGUUCGCGGCGAGGGUGAAGAGCGCCGUGGAGGGGGGAGUGAUGCCGGCGGUGAGCGUGGCACAGCGCCCUCCAGGUGGAAUCCCACUCCACGCCGGCGUGCCGGUAGCGCCCAGCAGCGUAACCGCCCCCGGUCCGUCGGGCCGGUGCCUCGGGGGCCCGGCAGCGCCCCCCGCCGGCUCGCCACCGCUGCCCCCGUCCUUGCAAUCCCUCGGCGGCGGCGUCGUCGUCGCCUCCAACAGCAACGUUAACCCCAUCAACAUCAAUCACGGUAACGGAAACAACAGCGGCAACAACAAUCCGCUCGUCGGUGUAAAUCCUAACAGCGCCGUCAACAAUCAUCAUCUAGGCAUCAACACGGCGAGCGGCGCCACGAAUCCACUCCAGGCGAUGGCGUCGGCGGCGGCAUCGCUGACGCAGCUCAACAAUAUGGCGAACGGCCCGUUGCCCCCGCUCGCGGGCACGGGCCCCGGCGGCCCGCCGAGUCUGCCGCCGCCGCAGCCGGCGACCACGCCGACCCACGGCGGGCCCCCGACCCCUCACGGCGGCGUGAACGCGGCGCCCCAUCUCAACGGGGCCUCGCCGAGUCCGCACCCGAUGCCCCCUCACGGUAUGAUGACCGGCUCGCCUCAUACGCCUCACCCUCAUAUGGGGGGCGGUGGGCCCUCGCCCCAUCCCCAUCACCCGGGACCCCACAUGGUCAGCUCGCCGCAUCAUCCAGCGGCGCCCCAUCCGAUGGGCCCGGCCGGUAUGAUGGGGCCGGUCGGUAUGCAGCCUCAAGGCGCGCCCGGUAUGUGCGGCCCCGGGCCCAGCGGCCCGAUGGGCCCGCACGCGCACCCUCAGGGACCAGUACCCGGACAGCCGCACAUGCACAACGACCCGUUCUUCUGCUCGCCCUUCGGAUCGCAUUACGCGUACAGAUCGUUACCUGUCCCCAGGAGGCAUACUCCAGCCUAUGGCUACAGCCAGCCGGACUACAGGCUUCACGAGCUGAACAAGAGGUUAUCGCAACGCACCGAGGAAAGUGACAACCUUUGGUGGGAGGCCUUCGCGAACGUUUUCGAGGAGGACGCCACCCUCACCCUUCACGUCUGCUUGGAAGACGGACCGAAGAGAUAUUCGAUAGGAAGGACGUUAAUACCUAGGUACUUCCGCUCGAUAUUCGAUGGCGGAGUUACAGAGCUUUACUAUACUUUGAAGAAUCAGAAGGAGUCGUUUCAUAACACCAGUAUAACCCUGGACUGUGAUCAGUGCACGAUGGUCACGCAAUAUGGGAAACCCAUGUACACAAAGGUGUUAACGGAGGGUAGGUUAAUAUUGGAGUUCACCUUCGACGACCUCAUGAGGAUAAAGUCGUGGCACAUGUCGGUGAGAACGCAUCGAGAACUGGUGCCGAGGUCCGUUGUCAGUAUGCAGCAGGACCCGACCAUGCUCGAGCAGAUCAGCAAAAACAUCACCAGGCAGGGCAUGUCCAACUUCACCCUCAACUACCUUAGAUUAUGUGUGAUUCUGGAGCCGAUGCAGGAACUGAUGUCGAGGCAUAAGGCGUACGCGUUGUCACCUCGUGAUUGCUUGAAGACAACCUUGUUCCAGAAAUGGCAGAGGAUAGUUGCCCCGCCGGGUAAGAGAGAAUCCCAGCGACCGGCUAGCAAAAGAAGAAAGCGAAAGGGCAGUACGUCAGGGCCGGGCAAUAACGCGCCACCCGCCCCCAGUAAAAAGCGUUCACCAGGGCCAAAUUUUUCUCUAGCGUCGCAAGAUGUGAUGGUCGUGGGUGAACCAUCUUUAAUGGGUGGCGAGUUCGGAGAUGAGGAUGAACGAUUGAUCACGAGGUUGGAGAACACGCAAUAUGACGCGAACAAUAUGGAUCCUCAUAGUCAUGACGCGGCCGGCGGUCCACCGCCGCAUCCUCACCAGUUCCAUUCGGAACCGACACCUGGUAAUUCCUGGCCGCCAGAUCGCGGUCCUGGCCCGCCACAGGGUGGUCCUGGCAGUCAGGGUGUCCAGGGUGGUCAAGCGGGUGCAGCCGCGGGUGUACAGGGAACGCAAGACGCCAGUCAGCAGCAGCAAGACAAAAAGAGCCCCGCGGUGAGCCAGUGAGGCCAGGAGUCCCCGCGCCCCCCCACCAGGGGGCGACGGGGGCGCAGGCCCAAGAACGUGGCUCCCUAGCGGGGCGAGAAUCCUAGCCUCCCCACUGCCGCCGCCUAUCUGGCUUCUGCGGCCGGCUCCACGGCUGGCAGGU